CUAGACGGCGCGACUUUCGAUUAAAUGAACUCCAGCCGAUCGAUACGCAAAACGAAUGUCGCAUUACGAAAUUUGUGAUUUAAAUUGAAUCACUCAGCUCUUGAAUGGAAAAAAUUGUGAAAUGUGGCUAAUAGACAACAGCUAAAUGAGAUGGACAAAUUUUAAAAAUCAGGACAGAAAAUGACGCAUGAUGCAGAUGAGCCUAAAAAUUAUGGGAGGAGGAAAAAAUCUUCCGAAGGAAUACCCGCUAUGGACAAGAGCGAAGGGCUGCAAUGGUUCAAACUCAAACUGUACUGGCUUCUUGUGGCGUUGCGGUUUUUCCUCACCAUCAUCCCACAGAAUGGCUACAUCCAGCCUGACGAGUUUUUCCAGUCAGUGGAAAUCGUCGCCGGUGACAUUUUCGAGUUGGAUGUCAACCGAGUGUGGGAGUUCAACACCUCCUUCCCCCUGAGGAGCGUGGCACUGCCUUUUUCCACCUUCGGGGUGCCCCUGCAGAUUCUAAAAUUGGCAAACGGCCUCGUGGAAGACACCCUAGGCUUCACGCUGGUCACCCCAUACGUGCUGAUGGUGCUGCCAAGGCUGGUCAUGUGCUGCCUUUCCUUCAUCUGUGACUUCUGUCUGUGGCACAUGUGCCAGUCCUUUGGCCAGGACUACUCCUCCAGGCUGCUUGUCUUUGCCAGCUCCUACUGCGCCCUCGUCUUCGGCACCAGAACGUUCUCUAACACUUUUGAAAUGAUUUUACUAGCUGUCCUGCUUGCUCUGGUUCUUGACAGUAUGCACCAUUCAGAUGAGGUAAUCUGGCGGGAGGACCUGAUCAUCGAGAAAUACGACAAACUGGGUCGGCAGCACCCGGUGGAAAGGGCUAAGUUGGCGCGACUUCGAAGCUCCCUGCCCAGUCACACGGUGCGCCACUGCGCCCUUAUCGCCUUCGUCACUGUGGUCGGCAUCUUCAACCGGCCGACCUUUGCCGGCUUCGCGGCACCAGCCCUCUUUUCCUGGCUGCACAGGGGCAUGGGCUCCAGGGCGGUUGACUGGUUGCAUUUUCACCUCAGGGUCGCGUCCCUCUGUUUCUUUGGUGCCAUCUCUGCCCUGGUGCUUGUUCUAAUCGACUCGUUCUACUAUGGAUACCUCACCAUGGCUGAACUGUCCACCUCACAGAUCUCUCUUGGCUCCAAUUUUGUCGUUACGCCACUAAACUUUCUCCUGUACAACUCGCAGACAUCUAACCUGGAGAACCACGGCCUGCACCCGCGUUGGCUUCACGUUGUGGUGAACGCACCGCUGAUGUUUGGGCCGCUGUGUGUGGCGGGCUACCUGGGCCUGCUGAAGAUCGCGCGGCAUGUCGUGGCGCGGCGUUGGGGCCACCUGCCCAAAGUGCAGUCGGCCACUGCCCUGAUGAACGCCAGCGUGGCCGUGCCACUGCUCGCGCUGUCCAUCUUUCCGCACCAGGAGCCGCGCUUCCUGCUGCCGCUGGUCGUGCCGCUCGCCUUCCUGCACGCGCACACCGUCCUCAACUGCCGGCGCUGGCUCAGGCACACCUGGUACCUGCUCAACGCCAUCUCGCUGCUUUUCUUCGGCUUCCUCCACCAGGGCGGAGUCUCCUUGCUGGCCGCGCACAUGCACGACUCUGGCCUCGCGCACCCCAAGCCUCUCAAUGCUGUCCAUCUAGUCACCAGUCACAUUUACAUUGUGCCCAGAUUCCUGAUGUUAACCCCGAGUCCGUCGAGAGUGUACUUAAGCCCGAGCGGGCGGCGGUACAAAGUGAGCCGGCGCUUCCACGUGCACGAAACCGGGCUGGCUGGUCAGGAGGUGGGCGUGAAGAAGGCGCACAAGGUGCUGCAGCAGUGCCACAAGGAUUGGCAGAAGCUGCGGCUCAAGUGCCGCGUGUUCUGCGCCUUUCCAGGCUCUAUGGCGUGGCGCUUCGAAAAAGCCCUCCGCAGGCACAACAUGACGCAGAAAGCCCAGAGGCGGAGGUUCUAUCCACACCUGAGCACGGAGGCCAUGCCCAGGUGGCGUACUUUUGAAAAAGCUGGGCUGUUUACAUCGGUUGUGAAAAACUCGCAACAAUUCAGCCUCGUCCUCACAGAAGUCAGUCUCAUAGACACCACUUAAAGACUUUAAUUUACGCUUUUAUAUUUCAAUUCUUUUGUACAAAAAAUAAAAUGCUUUUAUGUUAAGUGUUAAAUUAUGUGUUUAUUGAUUAAAAAUAGAAGCUAAGAAGCACUA